AGUUGUCAGCUGUACAAUAAUGUCUUCGUCUAACUCCCCUGCACCACCUAUCCCAAAGCCCGACGUUGAGGACAGCCGGCCCGCCCUUGUGGUUCCUAAGGUCAAACUUCCACCGAUACUACCCAUUUUCGAGCGAUGGACGGUCCUGGUCUUCUCACUCGCCCUAUGCAUCUUCACAGCGUGCUCUUUGUUCACAUUGAACCUAUCCUGGGCUUAUCAACCUAACCAGACUGGUUACGAGGUUCCUCUAGCCAACUGUCCAGCCUUCUCGGAGUCUUUCUCGAUCACUCACGAGACUGCACCCUCGGGUCCUACGUGUAAAUUGGAGAUCGUUCGGAACGGUUGGAACGACAUGGUUAUGUACAACUCCAGUAUCGAUCCUCUUCCUAGCAACACCCCUAUUGACCAGUCGCUCAACAACUGUCGCUUGCCUCGAAACGGUGAAGAGGACUACCAGUGCUUUCCCCAGUACGAAUGUCAUGAGGCAUGUCGCCGAGUUGACGACACCGGGACGUAUUACCUUGGAGAGUGCCCUGAUCCGGCUAACUUACCAGAGAUCGGCAACGACGUGAUGAAACCUGGUAUUCCAAAAUGUCAGGUUAAGUUAUCGCCGAACUCUCCUUGGGAGACCCUCUUCUGCAAAGAGGUCCUAACGUUAUCCUACUGCUCAAGCAAGUACGAUGUAACGCCUUCAAACAUCCUUGGUAUGCGAGGUAUCAUUUUGGCUGGUAUGCUCAUAGCUGUCAUAUGGUUCUUCGCUGAGUGGGUGCUAUGGUAUGUAGAUCUCAACUUGCGCAAGGAGAAAGCAGAGGGCAUGGCAAGGAUGGCCAGAGAGCUCCCUCAGAAAAGAAUGUAUUUGCGGCAGCAGGUGGAGGCCCAUUGGGAGGACGAUUUCAACGCUGCUACUGUCGGUCUGGAUGUUUCUAGUGAUGGUUCGGUAUGCGUGGUGCCUCCAGCGAUGGACGAGGAGGAGCUUAGGGGCAUGUCCGAGGGCGAUAUGGAAUGCUACAUGUCGAGGGAUCCUGCGAUGAGGUUCCAGUCUGGAACAUGGAAGAGGCGGAUCAGCCAGUGGAAGGCCUGCAAGGCUGCAGCAAAGCGGAGACAUUGGAUUCGCCAGCUCUUCUACGUGGCCGCUCUCAACAUCUUCUUCCUACUUCUACUCGUCGCUACCCUGUAUAUCGUACUCUACUAUUCCCCCCAGAAUAUCCUCGCUAACAACAGGUCGGUUGGUGAUGAUCUCUAUGGGGAAGUCUCAAUUUGGAAUGCGCAUUCGUGGUUGGAUAUCCUCAUCUUUGUCGAUGUCCUCCUCGACACCUUCCUCUUCCUCGUCGCUUGCGUCUUUGUCAAGUGGCCACGCGCUCCCGUCUAUACUCGUCAUGUUCAAGAUGUGGUGGCUAAGAAGCAGCAACAUGUGAGCCUCGCGGGUGGUUCAGAUCGUUCUCUGAACACCGAUGCGAAUCCCCAAUUCGAUCAUGCGGGCAUCGCAUCUCCACUCAGUGAUGAUUUCCUGUCUGAUGAGAGCUCGGACAGCACUGAUUCUGCCUGUGAGGAAGUAGUCAUGAAGCAAACGUUGGCGUAUGACUGCUGUUUGAUGAUCGCAUGUCAUCUCUCUGCUAUGACAGAGGAACGUUAUGAAACCUUCACAAGUACUCUACGUGCUGCUCUAAUGGUCUUUCCUCCUAGUCACAUCUUCGUCUGUGAUAAUGGUGGUACAUUACAUCCUGAAGAUGAGACUGAGUGGGCAACUCAACAAGUUCAUCCUGAUAUCAAUUAUGUUUAUAUUCCAGAAGGCAACAAGACGUUCGCUUUCUACUGGGUUAAUAAAUACUGGAUACCGUACCUAGCCCAAAACGGUCGAGUUCCCGACUUCAAGUAUUCCGUUAUGAUCGACGAUGAUGUGCCGCUUCCGGCGGAUCUGUAUAUUCCACAUGAACAACUUCGUGCAAAUCCGAACAUCAAAGCUGUUCACUUCCCCAUCACAGCAACUACUCCUGAUGGGAAACCUGAUAUGCUUGUGAAGAUGCAGGAUGUUGAGUACAAGAUGGCUGCAGUGCAUAAGCUAUUCCAGUCGAAGAUGGCUCGGUCGCUAUCAUGCCAUGGUGCUGUGUCACUGUGGGAUCGCGAGGCGCUCGAUGAGGUCCUUUUUGAGCAUGAUACUGUGUUCAACGGUGAGGAUAUGUACAUGGGUUUGACUCUCUUGAGGAAGCGUGACGAGUCUACGAUCAUUUCUUGUGCACAAACGAUCGUCCCCACGUAUGCUCCUGAUACCUGGCCAGUGCUCUUCCGUCAGAGGGUCAAGUCGUGGGAUCUAACAUCGCACAAGAAGACGUUCACGUAUCUCUGGGAGGUCAUCAAUCCCCGAUCGUUCUGCCAUGGGGCAUCUCUGGUUCUGAAGCCGUACUUCCUUCAGGAGCUUCUCUGUAUUCUAUUGGAUUGGUUGCGCGCUUUCUUGCUCUGUGGUUUACUUUUCCGUGACUGGCUCGGCCUCAUUCUAAUGACUCUUGUUUUUACUGCACUCCUCUACGUUCAAGUGCUCAUCUUCGAGGUUUUCGUUCUCCGUGAUCGACAUGACCUCAGAUCCGGCGUUAUUGAUUUCAUUGUGUUCCCCUGGUACCGUCUCCAGUCGCUAUUAUUCAGAAUAUGCGCUUUGUGCCAGAAUCUAUUGGUUUACAGCCACCAAAGGAAGAAUGUUAAAAUCGGUGUUCGCGAGCAGAAGAUCCAUGAUAUUCCACCGACCCCACCACAUCCUGAUGUCGAUUGGUUCACCGUGUGGGAAAACGACGAGCAGGAUUCUCGUACGUAACGAUAGAAUUAAUGAACAUUUCGUUCAUUACGAAGUACCAUCGGCGCUGUGUCAGUAGCCAGUUGUUGCCCCCAGGAUGUUCUUUAUACAAUAGUUCCUUGUCAGUAGUUUUCGCACUUUAUCCGGUGACAGAGAAGCAACAUUGUGCUUCAGCUGUUGAGGUGGUUACAGUUCCUUAUGCUUUGUAUGAGUUUGCCGUUUCUACUCGUG